GUUUAAUUCAAAUAUGUUUGUUUAUUAAUUUAAGUGAUUAUAAUUAAACACUAAUUUAAACAUAGGUUAAACAGAUAUGUAGUUUAAAUUUAAUAUUAAGGGGAUAUAAAUCUUACUGUAACAUUCCCAGAAUAUUCAGAGUAAUUUUCUCUGCUGCAGGCAUACACAUUUAUAGGUUCAAUAUCAAGAUUUUAUCUCUUUGUUAUGAAAAUAAUAUAACGUUUAUAAAAAAUAUGUUACAAUGCCUUGAAAAGCUAAAUAGUAGAUUGAAUAGAACACUUUGUUUUUUAGUAAACAAACAGAUAUUUGUAAACAAAUAUUCUACUAUGAAAUAUUUAAAUGUAGCAGAGAAAAAUGAUGCAGCUAAAAAUAUUGCGUUACAUCUAUCCAAAGGAACAUCAACUAGGCGUGAAGGACUAUCAAAGUACAACAAAAUAUAUCAAUUUAAAGCCAAUGUAAUGGGGCAAGAUUGUGAAAUGGUGAUGACCUCAGUAUCAGGACAUCUCUUAGCCCUAGAAUUUAGUGGAACAUACAGAACCUGGCAAACCUGUAGCCCACUAUCACUGUUUGAUGCACCUGUUUUCAAAUACUGCCCAGAGAAUUACCAAAAAAUUAAGAUGACCUUAGAGCGAGAAGUUCGAAGGUGUCAAGGCCUCAUAAUAUGGACAGAUUGUGACAGAGAAGGAGAGAACAUAGGUUUUGAGAUUAUUGAUGUUUGUAAAGCUGCCAGGACAAAUUUGAAAAUAUAUAGAGCAAAAUUUUCAGAGAUCACAUUAGUUUCAGUAAAUAGAGCUUUACAAAACUUAGAAGAACCAAACAAGAAUACUAGUAAUGCAGUAGAUGUCAGACAAGAACUUGAUUUAAGGAUAGGUGCGGCAUUCACAAGGUUCCAAACAUUGAGACUCCAAAAGGUAUUCCCCAGUAAACUAACAGACACCAUAGUGAGUUAUGGUUCUUGUCAAUUUCCCACUCUUGGAUUUGUGGUGGAACGCUAUAGAGCCAUAGAAAACUUCAUUGUCGAAACGUUUUGGAAAUUAAAGGUAAAUCAUACUAUAGAGAACCUCAGUGUAGAGUUCGCAUGGGAACGUUUUCGGUUGUUUGACGAAUAUGCUUGUAAAAUAUUUCAUGAUAUUUGCACUGAGAAUCCUUUGGCGAGAGUGCUUGAAGUGAAAACUAAACCUAAGUCUAAAUGGCGGCCGUUGCCUUUGGAAACUGUGGAACUAGAAAAGCAAGCGUCACGUAAAUUAAAAAUACACGCGAAAGAGACAAUGCAACUCGCCGAGAAACUCUACACCCAAGGCUUCAUCAGCUACCCUCGUACAGAGACAAAUGAGUUUCCGAAGGAGAUGAACUUAGCCCAGUUAGUUGGUCAGCAGACCGCUGAUCCGAACUGGGGUACAUUCGCGCAGAAGAUAUUAGAUAACGGCGGGCCAACUCCGAGGCAAGGAAAGAAAAGCGACAAAGCGCAUCCGCCUAUACAUCCAACAAAAUAUACGAACAAUUUAUCGGGCAACGAGAAACGCCUUUACGAGUUCAUAGUGCGGUCGUUCCUUGCGUGCUGUUCCAAGGACGCUCAGGGUCAGGAGACGAUCGUUAACAUAGAUAUAGGCAGAGAGAAGUUUUCCGCCAACGGACUCGUGAUUACCGAAAUAAACUACCUAGAGGUAUACAUCUACGAGAAGUGGUCGUCUAAAGAAAUACACGUCUAUCAGGAAGGUCAAAUAUUCAGUCCAACCUCAAUAGACAUCGUAUCCGGUACUACUUCACCACCCAGCUUACUAACAGAAGCCGACCUCAUUAGUCUAAUGGAAAAACAUGGCAUUGGUACAGACGCAACGCACGCUGAGCACAUUGAGAAGAUAAAAAGCCGUUCGUAUGUAGCGUUGGCAGAUGAAAAAUAUUUCGUUCCCGGUGUCUUAGGCAUGGGUCUGGUGGAGGGAUACGAUGCUAUGGGCCUCGAAAUGUCGAAGCCCCAUCUCCGUGCUCAGUUAGAGUCCGAUCUCAAAGAAAUUAUCGAAGGCAGGAAACAGCCUGAAGCGGUUUUAUCUGAACAGAUAGCAAAAUAUAAAGAGGUGUACAUUAAAGCAUCGGCGGAGGCUGAGAAGAUAGACAGAGCGCUCGCGGAGAGACUGAACGAGCAGCCGGCGGCGCCGCCUGCGAGCGCGGAUACCUUACCGGUCGACAUGCCCGCGGCCUUAAAAUGUCCGAAAUGUGGCUCGGACAUGAUCAUAAGACAGAAAAAGAAUAAUCCGACCGAAUAUUAUAUCGGUUGCAUGUCAUUUCCUAACUGCAAAAAUGCAGUUUGGCUACCUAAUAUAGUUAAGUCAUUGCAAGUUUUACCAGACACUUGCACAGAGUGUGGACCGGACUACAAGAUGAUGAAGUUUGAAUGGCGAAACAAUUCCAUAAGUCACAUAUACGCACCGCCGUACACGGGCUGCAUCGGCGGGUGCGAUAGAACGUUUCUAGAAUAUCUCAAUAUAAACAUCAACAGUGUCAUAAAAACAUCGGGCUCCUCCGCACAAGUCACAUCUUCGAACACCAGUUCGAGAACAGAUAUAUCAGUACCCAUACAAAACCAUAUUAUACCGAGUAAUCUACUUCGAAAUCCAAUAGAAACUGGUUCAAAUAGAGUUCGAGAUAUGCCGGCUCAGAGGAACAAUGCUAUGAACAUGACAAACAUUAGGAUGAACAGCGCCAGUAAUGCCGCUAACUUAGAUGACAAUCACGUGGUCUGCAGAUGCUCAAAACCGGCGAUCUUAUUAACGUCUAAGAAACAAAAUCAGAAUUUUGGCCAAAAAUUUUACAAAUGUCCAGUCGGGAAAGAGAACGGUGGAUGUGAUUUCUUCUUGUGGGCUCCAGAAUCCGUCAAUAAUGCUCAGUCUGCAUUCGAGACUCCGCCGUCGUCGUCUGAGCAAACGACUUUUAAUACAACUGGUGUUGUCAGACGGGAUGCAAAUCGUAAUAGAAAUACUGGGUCUGGCAACACUGAUGACGUCAAGUGUGACUGUCGUUUGCCUUGUAAAAAACUAACGGUACACAAAGAAGGCCCAAAUAAAGGACGACAGUUCUAUGGGUGCGCGAAAGACUUCAGCUCGAAAUGCAACUUCUUUAAAUGGGCCGAUGAAAGCGGCUCCAGACCAGGUCCUGUUCGGCGUGCCCCAGUGAGCUCCCGCGGCGGAGGCCGAGCGUCCCGCCGGGGCGCGGUGCGGCAUUGCGGCUUCUGUGGGAGCACCGAACACGACUUUCGAACCUGCUCUAUAAGGAGACCCUCCACAGACUAACAAUAUUAUAUAUAUAUAACCAACAAAUAAACUACUUUUAAUGACCAAAACGAUAAAUUUAAAAUGAUAAAUAUAACGAUCCCGGUAUCGUAGUGGUUAAAGCCCUUUGACAGCUAGGCCGAUAGGUUCGAUUCUUACUUCAGCCAAAACAAUUGCGUGCGGACAAGUUUGAUUGUGACUUUUAAAUGUAUAGUGUAUACAUUUAAAAGCAUAUCGGUUUGUGGUUCUCAUGGUACAGGGGAUUCUAGUUUGGGACCAGAUGACCGUGUGUGAUUUGCUCCAUAAUUUUUUAAUUUAUUUAUAUUCAUAUGCAUAAUAUAGGCAAGCACAAGCACAAGGCAAAGCAUUUCUUUGCCUAUGAUAUUUUAAUUCAAUCGUAAAAGGCAUGAAUAUGUAACGAUAGAAAAAAAAAAGAAUAUGCAACCAACUUUACUUGUUAUAAUUUAUUUCGAUAAUUUACAUCGAUUUUCGAAUCAGAGAAAUGUUGAAUAUCGAUAGCAGAUGAUUCUUGUUUUGGUAAUUAAAAUUGUUGGUAUAUAAAGUAAUAAAAUGAAUAGUGUAAUAUAUUGUAAAUAUGAAA